AUGCAUAUUAAUUAUGAGCAACUCGAAGAAGCUGUUGAUGCCAUACCCUGGGAGUAUGUUUACACUUUGGUAUCCACAAACGAGCAGUAUGUGCCGCUUGUAACAAAAUCAGGCAAUAUUCGCAAACGGCCUUGGUUCAACAACUAUAUAAAGGGUCUUAUUCAGAAGCGCAACAAGGCAUAUAGAAAGUGGAAACACCUGAAAUGUGCAGCAACAUAUAAUGUCUUCAAGGGUCAUAGAAGAGAAGCCACCAGAGCCAUUAAAUUGCAAAAACUGAAAUACUAUGAGCAUCAGUUUAGCACAGCAAUAAGUUCUAAAAAUACAUGGAAAUAUAUUCGUGAAAUAGGGAUUGGCAACAAAAGUAAUCCUGUUUCAGAGAAUAUAAACGUAGAUGAGCUGAAUGAGAAAUUUGUACAAUUAUCCGCCUGUAGCAGUAAUAUAUGUCGUGAAAAGUACAGUUAUGGUCUUUAUGGUGCGUUUAUGGGAUGUUUCGUUUACGUAGUACUUGGUACUUGCAAAGACAGCACGGUUGGCUCGACAGCCAUUGCAUCACUUAUGGUUUUUCAGUUCGCCAAAGGUGUAUGGCAACGCGCUGUGUUACUUACAUUCCUUACUGGUAUCAUCGAAAUUCUUAUGGCAUUCUUCCGAUUAGGUUUCAUCAUUGAAUUUGUUUCGGAUCCCGUCAGUGCCGGUUUCACAAGUGCUGUUACACUGAUCAUAUCCACAGCGCAGUUUAAAGAUAUUAUUGGUAUCAAAAAUGCGAAAGGUACCACUUUUCUGGAGCGAUGGAUAAGCAUGAUUAACAGCAUUGGGAGUAUACGCUUAGCGGACACUAUACUCGGAUGUAGCUGUGUUGCUAUUUUGCUGCUAAUGCGCUUCAUAGGACGCAUUAAAGUCGGCCCGAAAACGGAACGCAAAUGGUAUCACAACUUCGUCACUAAGGUUUUGUGGUUUAUUAGCGUAUCACGAAACGCCACACUGGUUAUGAUAUGCGCAGCACUGAGCAUGUAUUUGCAGCAGCAAGGUAAAAAUUAUUUCCGGCUGACAGGAUUUAUACCAGCGGGAUUGCCUGAAUUUCGUUUACCACCCUUCUCCAUUGAAGCUGUACCGGCCAAUGUCACUGCCGGCCAGUCAGCUGUAGAAGCUGAAUCUUUCUUGGAUAUGGUGAAUAAUUUGGGUUACGGCCUGUUGAUUGUGCCGCUCGUCGCAAUGUUGGAGAAUAUCGCUGUAUGUAAAGCGCUUUCUAAGGGGCAGCCUAUGGACGCAUCACAGGAAUUGCUUGCAAUGGGUGUAGCGAACGUGGCAAAUUCAUUUUGUCAAGGUUAUCGUGCCAAUGGUGGUCUGGCACGUUCGGCUGUCAAUAAAGCCAGUGGCGUUCGUACUCCGCUUGGCAAUUUUUAUAUUGGCAUAGUUGUAAUGUUUGCUUUGGCUUAUUUAACUGAGUUCUUCUACUACAUCCCAAAGGCGGUUCUGGCUUCCAUUAUCAUCUCAGCGGUGAUCUUCCAACUGCAGUACCAGGUGAUCAUGCCAAUGUGGCGUAGUAAACGUACCGAUUUAAUUCCUUAUUUUGUUGCUUUGGUAGCUUGCUUGGUUAUGCCGUUGGAGGUUGGCAUCCUUUUAGGUAUAGGUGUAAAUUUAUUAUUUAUUUUGUAUCAUUCAGCGCGUCCGAAAGUUCGUCUGGAGACAUUGGAGACUCAUGAUGGCAUUAAAUUUAUCAAACUCACACCAGAUCGCUGCCUCAUCUUUCCCUCCGUCGAAUUUGUGCGCAAUAUUGUAUUGAAGUUUGGCAAUAAAACUACACUUCCUGCAGUAAUCGAUUGCACCUAUGUCUAUGGUGCGGACUAUACCGCUGCCAAAGUGAUUUCUUCUCUAAUUGAGGAUUUUAAACUAAGAAAUCAGAAGAUUAUUUUUUACAAUUUAAAGCCGCAUGUUGUGCAAAUCUUUGAGGGAUUAAACGUAAACUUGGUUUUGUGCUACAAUACUGAUGCACUUAUGCAGGCGUUGAAGGAUAAUCAAAAUGUUAUGGCAACAAAAAUUGUACCUUCCCUUCACAAUGACGUAGAAUCUGGGGUGGGGAGUAGUGUGGAAACACUGAAUUCAACUGUUGUGUUUGACGCGCCGAGCACUGAUAACUUAACAAAAUUUUGCAAAUGA